AUUUGGAACUAAAUGGAAAAUAUCCCUCCUUCCUUCACCAGCUGCCAAUCAAUUCUUCAGAUAAGCUUUCCUCUGAGAGACAGAGAGAGAUGGCAGAAGUUGGGCAUUUGGUAUCAGGAAGAAGCAUCAAAAGCAUUGGAAGCUGCCAUCCAACGGUCAGAAGAUCCCACAAUCUGCUGUCGUUUAAUUCAAAAACCAUUGCUUUUUCAAGGAAGAAAGACUUUUCACUCACAACAAAAAAAGGAAGCAAAACGCCACGUCGUUUGAUAACAAUAUCAACAGGAGAUGGGAGAUGGCAUGGAAAAUGGAAUUCUCAAUACUUGCUCUCUCUUCAAGACCUACACUUGCAAGAUUUGAUCGAAGAUGAUGAACAAAAAGAUGCUGACGUUUCUAUCAAUCUUUCUGUCCAAAAGCAUGCGAGCUUUGGGUUCUCAGUGGAUGGAAGGAUCAUCACAUUCUUCACAAGAAAAUGUAGCAUCUGCUCUUCUCCAUACAACAGAGAGAUUGAUACCAACUUCAAUGUCUGGAUUUUGCCUUCUAAUAGACAAAAAGAUGAUAUAACACUGCCAGAAAUUGGAGGCGACGACCCAUCUGUUAUCUAUGUGAAGCCUGGGUAUGAAGCUAACCUUGAUUCAUUAAUACAAGACACCAUCAGGCUUACCACUUCUGUCAAAGAUACAUGCUCAGAGGCCUGUGACAGAUCUGAGCCAACAUUACAAUUUGGCACAGAAAUUGGAGGACAAAAUACAGCUUCUGUGGAUAAGAGGUGGUCCAGACUCUUAGAGCUGAAGCACAAAUCUUGGCCUUUGUGAGAAUCCCACUUGUAUUUUGUUGUGUAUAUAUAAUUAUAUGUUUUUCCUUUGUUUUUGGUUUUACUUUUUUUUUUUCUUUUAACAUGCAAGAAAAUGCAUAUUGCUAAUCUCAAUUCAAAACAAAUAAUUCGUACUGA